UUUGCGUGUGUUCUCCAGGGUAAAAACGAUAUUUUAGCUAGCAACAGAACAUUCUUAGGCCAAUAGUAGUCCUGUCCAUGCUUCCCCCAAAGAAUUUCUUCCCCUCCCUCAUCAUCUUUCACCUCUUUCCUCUGCACUCACCUGUCACUUUUUUCGGCUUGAUAGACGCGCCCUUUGGGCGCUUCAGCCGCAAGACUAGUAGAUUAAACCUCAAUGGGAACUUAUCAUGGGCCAUCAUGGAGCUCGUUUCUCCUAUAACCUUUUUGACGACAAUCGUAAACAGCUCUCAUCCUUCUUUGAAUCGUCCCUCGAGAAUACUCUCUGGGCUGUAUCUCGCGCAUUAUGCCCAUCGGGCUAUUAUAUCACCCCUGAUACUUUCACCAAAAAGGUCGCCCCUCCAUAUCACUGUUGUUCUUGCGGCCAUGUUGUUCAAUCUUUUGAAUGGAUAUCUUUUAGCCGUUGGCUUGGCUUUCUACCCCCCAAAAGAGAUCGGCUGGCAAUUCGUUCUCGGUGUUGCUGGAUGGGCAAUAGGUUUUUUUGGGAAUGUCUACCAUGACGAAAUGCUCAACGAUCUCCGUAGACCGCCUACAAAAAGAAUCGUGAUGAGCCAUCUUCCAGAAGAUGACGCUUCCAAAUUGGAAAGAUACAAAGUGCCGAGAGGUGGGCUCUUUGAAUGGGUCUCAUUUCCGAAUUACCUGUGUGAAUGGCUUGAAUGGACCUGCUGGUCUUUUGCCGCAAACCCAUAUCCAUUCAUCUCCGUUCCAGCCCUGCCCUACUUAUUACGCGCCCCCGAAUAUAGGAAUUCUCAUACGGUGCUGUCCAUUAUAUCAAACUUUUACUGGCCCUCCUGGCUGCUCGCUCCAAGUUGGGCAUUUGUGCUUGCGGAGGUGACAUCUAUGUUGCCAAGAGCAAUGAGAGGACAUGCUUGGUACAAGGAAAAGUUCGGUAACAAGUACCCGAAAAGUAGGAAAGCAGCUAUUCCGGGCAUACUUUAGGUGAUUAUUGAUUGUGGGGGGAAAAUGAUUAGGACAAAGAGCUGUGAGCUUAAUAUGCAUGUAAUGAAGU